CAGUCUGAUCAAUCCAGCCGCGGCCAGGAAGUGGAUGAACUUGCGGCAGUGAAAGAGAGAUUUAAAGGUUUUCUUAAGGGACUUUUAAACAACUGUAACUUAGAUUAGCACAGUUUGGUUGGUAAUGUCCUGAGAUCCACCUUCGACGUAAUUAUCCAACAUGGGGAGAGAAAGGAAAUGCAUCCUUUGCCAGAUCGUGUACAGCUCCAAGCAGGAUAUGGAUGAGCACAUGAGGAGCAUGCUGCAUCACCGUGAGCUGGAGAACCUGAAGGGCCGGGACUGCGGGCACGAGUGCCAAGUAUGCCGGGUCACCAUGGUGAGCCUUACCGACUACGCCAACCACAUCUCCAGCCCGGUGCACAAGCAGCGCGUGGAGACGGCGGAACAGGAGGCUGCCGGCAAUGACCAGGAGGAAGAGUACUUCGACAAGGAGCUGGUGACACGUAUUGAGGCCCGAAGGGAACUGAUCAGGAAAGAGGAGGAGGCUGCAGCAAAGCGGGCCAGGGAGCAAGAGGAGUGGAGAAGGAAAGAGGAGGAAGUGCGUACGAAGCAGGAGAAACAGCUUCAGCAGUGGAACACGGCACGGCAGUACUUUUGCCGGAGUGGGGCGUCACUGGACUGGAGGUACCCCAAAAACUCUGCUCCCAUGCCCGCCUGGCAGACACAGGGAGACUGGGACAGGGGGUCCAAUGCGUACGCAGGCCCGGGCCCCUGGCAGAACCAGGACAUCAGGUCUAACUGGCACAAUAGCAAGCAGGGCCGCAGUGCCACCUGGCACGCAUCGGAACCACCAAAUGUCUCCAAGUGGACCUCCGGAGAGAGGGUUAGUCCACACAGCAGAGAUGACUGGACCAACUACAACAACAAAAAAUCAGGGCGGGAGGCUUUUCCCCCCCAGGUCCAGCAGAGAGGAGAGAGGGGGCCCUGGCAGAACAGCAAAGGAGGAGGGAGCACCGCCGGUCAAAAUAACGGCAGCAGGAGGGUUUAUGGCCAGUCUGGUCUUCUCUGUGACCCAGCCGUGAUGGAGGGCCAGCGCAGCAUCGAGUACCCUGACCUGAUUGACUUCACCAGAGACCAGCCAGUUCCAGACAGCUUCUUUAUCCAGCACACCUCGGGCGCUCCCUUCACACCACAAGAUGAAAGCACGAAGGAUGGGAAACAGAACCCGAACGGGGCUACGCUGGGUGGCGCGGGAACAGAACACGACCGUCCCAAUGGGCUCGGGCCCAAGGCGUUUAGUGGUAACCCCAAAAUUGACAAGGUACACCGCUGGUCACCCUACCCCUCCUUGUCUCACAAGGACACAAACACCUCAGAACGGAUCUACAAGGGCCCCCCUCCUCUCCCAAUUCUCCAGACCCCCCGGAACCUCCCUGCCCAGGACUGCAAUGUGGACCUGAGGCCCAAAUGCGACAUAGCGCUGGACCCCUAUGCCUCUAAGUCCUCCGGUCCGAAGCCUGUCCCGUCUCGUGCUGGCCAGCAGCAUCGAGCUGGGCAGCAGAUGAGACCUCCUGACCCCAGUGUUGAAGGCAAGGACCUUGGGAGUAGUAGCAGAAGCCUGAGCAUGUCAAAGGGCAACAAUGGGAGGAGAGACAGCCAAACCUCCAUCUUUGCCUGCGGGUCCAACUCCACCUGUCAGAAGGCAGCUAAGCUGGAGGGCCUUGAGACGGGCCCAUCUAACCUUGAUGCUACCACCGCCAAGACCCACCUCAACCUAACCACAGCCUCCAAGACCCAAGUCAGCCGAGCCUCUAGCCCCAAGACCCAAGCCAGCCGAGCCUCCAGCCCCAGCCCUUCCACCACGCCCAGGAGCCAGUUGAGCCGUACAUCUAGUCAGGACUCUGACCAGUCCAUGUCAUCUAGACGCAGCAGCCAAGAUCUGGCUAGGAAGUUUGGAUCAAAGUCCUCUACCCCCCGACCGGAGCAGGACAAGCAGCUGACUGAGAUGUUAAGGAGAGCCAAGGAGACGCUGUUGGACAAGAGAACAUCAGUGGAUCUGUCCGCUAAGCAUAGAAGAGAGACGAAGGAAAAGGAGGGGGCAAAGAAAGAGAAGGAAUCCAAAAGCCAAGAGAUGAAGAUGAAGAAGACAGUGCCUGACAGCCAGGAGAUGGAGAUGGACACAGUGUCCAACAGCCAGGAGAUGCAAAAGACAAGAGAGAUAGUUUUGCACAUUGAUGAGGAACAGCAGAAGCAGCAGGUAGAAGGUUCUGAGGGUGCAAAGUUUGGAGCCAAAGAGAGACCAAAGAGAGACCAGCUAUCCAGAAGGGUGAGAGUUACCAGAUCCACUAGAGCUGAAACAACAGAGGAAAGAACUAACAGAUUCACUAAAGCUAACCCAGCAGAGGGUAGAACUACCAGAUCAACUAGGGUUGACCCAGCUGAGGAAAGAAUAAGCCGAUCAACUAGAGUUGACCCAGCUGAGGAUAGAACUACCAGAUCAACUAGAGUUGACCCAGCUGAGGAUAGAACUACCAGAUCAACUAGAGUUGACCCAGCUGAGGAAAGAACAAGCAGUUCAACUAGAGUUGACCCAACUGAGGAAAGAACAAGCAGAUCAACUACAGUUGACCCAGCUGAGGAUAGAAUAAGCCGAUCAACUAGAGUUGACCCAGCUGAGGAAAGAACAAGCAGAUCAACUAGAGUUGACCCAGCUGAGGAAAGAACAAGCAGAUCAACUAGAGUUGACCCAGCAGAGGAAAGAACAAGCAGAUCAACUAGAGUUGACCCAGCUGAGGAAAGAACAAGCAGAUCAACUAAAGUUGACCCAGCUGAGGAAAGAACAAGCAGAUCAACUAGAGUUAACCCAGCUGAGGAAAGAACAAGCAGAUCAACUAGAGUUGACCCAACAGGGAAAAUAACUAGCAGAUCAACUCGAGUUGACCCAGCUGAAGAAAGAACUAGCAGAGCUGUUGCUGACCAAAUGCAAACCUUGGUGGAGUCAGGGACAUCUCCAUCAGACAACCCCAUGUCACUGCAGUCCGUUCAGGUUAGCACUUCAACAAUGGAGUCCCCAGGAGGUGCCACACUCUCCCUGUCUGCCAGAGAUGAGCUGGAGGAGGAGAAGAGGGAAAGAGAGAGAGGCCCAGUGGCUGGAGGUGGUGAGGAGGCCAUGCAAAUAUCAGAUGGAAGGCAAGGGUCAGACAGUGACCGCUGCAGAUCCAGUGACCCCAACACUGACCUCCACACAUCCUCUGACCCCUCCCCUGGCUCUGCUUUGGCCACCACCCUGUCAAAGGUCAGUUUGCCCCCUGUCCUAAAAAAGGACCUUACCAAACACGUGGGCUCAAAGACCAAGAUCGGCAGCCAUGAACCCAACCUGAACAUCGCCCGGCGGAUUAGGAAUGUUAGUGGGACGCGCAGAGGUGAGGUGGAGAAAGAGUCUGGGCUGAAGCCAACGUUACGGCAGCUUAUCAGCUCCUCCGGUUCCAGGCGUUGUGUCAACUGGGAUCAGGUGUACCAGGAAGUACACAGGAAGAAGCAAGAGCAGGGGAAAGGCUUGCCCAGGUUUGGUAUAGAGAUGGUGUCGUUUUACCAGGAGGGCUUGAGCCAGGAGGAGGAGAACAUUCCUCUAACUGAAGGGUUUCAAUGGGAGACCCUUUUUGACUUCCGGGACUCUGAACCGGCUGUGGCGCCAGUGACACCCCGCAAACGCAGUCUCUCAGAGAGCAGCGUGGCCCCCGACCGCUUGGCCAACCUCUCAUAUCUGUUUGGGGGUCUGACCAGGGGCCAGGAUCAGACGGUGUCAGAGGAAAAGUCAACCGUAGAUGGACCGGGAAGGAUGAGGAGACGCAGCUCGGAAGAGCAAGGCUCCACGUCCCUCCGAGAUGUCCAGCAGCCUAAGGCGGAAGGGACACCGUGUGAGUCCCGAGCACAGAGAAAAGCCAAAGGGCCACUAGCAGAGGAGCCACUAAGGUCCUUGGUCCAGCAGAAGGCCGACUCCAUGAUGGGGGACAGUAGCUCCGGGAAUGAGCAUAAUGACACCCUGGGAGCAGGGAAGAAGAGGCGAGCGGCCGGGGACGUUACAUGCCCAGAUGUUCCUAGCUCAGAGAGAAAGAAUAAAAGAAUGCGGGUCAAGUCCAAGAAAGAGCGUCUGCAGGUGGACCAGCUCCUGGCUGUAUCCUUGAGAGAGGAGGAGCUUUGCCGGUCCCUGCAGGGGAUCGAUAACGGUCUGAUCCAGGCUCGAGCUGCCUUGCAGGCUGCCUAUGUGGAGGUUCAGCGCCUCCUGGUGGUCAAACAGCAGGUUUCCAUGGAGAUGAGCACGCUCAGAAGCAGGCGUAUCGAGUUGCUUCAGGGAAUGCGAGGAGAUUUUGAGAUGCCUGCUCCGGAUCAGCCAAGAGUGAAAAGCUGUGAAGAGGAGAUGCCUUUAGAGGAUCGACCCCUAACUGACGCCGGUGCCCAGUGCCCUGACCAGCCCAGCCAGCGUCCUGUCCCACUCUACCUCCCCCCGUGCUCCACGCCCCCCUCCCUGUCCCCAGGCCACCACACCCAGCCCCAGACGGUCUCGUCGGGUGUGGUUAUCAAGCAAGAACCCCUGUCGCCGGGUAAAGUGGGCACCGAGACGGAGGCCCAGUCUGCUGAGAGCCCAGUCCACCACGGUCCUCACAGCACCACCCUGGAGCCCACACCUAUGGCCCCUCCCACAGAUUGCGCACAGAGCGGCCAAGCAGACUUUGGGAGAUUGGCGCACCAGAGUGCCAGCAUGGAGCCCUCUGAGGAGAACAGCCUGGCUGUUGGAGGGUCUGCUGAAUCAGGUUCCCCAGACGGGGUCCACUCAGUAGAGAGGGGUGUCCAGGUGACCAGGGGAGACAUCUGGGACAGCAAACCUCCACUGGCCCUCCCGUUUAACCCACCUAGCCGCAGAAGCUCCAGAACCGGACCCCCGGACCCUGUAGCCCCCCCCGUCCUCCCGCCACCCCUCCUUCCCCAGGCGGAGGUGAAGACUGUGAAGCGUGUGAGGAAGUUGAAGAAGAAGAGGGCGCUGAGGAAGGCCCAGGGGACGGACCAGCAGCCUGACAACAGCGACACGGAGCUGGAGGCCGAGGCCGCCUCCUCGCGGCCCGCCAGACACCACCGCACCCGUCGGAGAGCCGCUGGAAGCUCCCCGCCCCAGGUCACCACGUCCUGCUCCAACCCCAACCCACCGGGAGCAGCCGAGGACAGGAGAGAGGUCGGGGUAGAUGCCCCCAGACCUCCAGGGUCCCCAGCCACCAGACCUGAGGCCACUGGGGAUUCUGACUCCCCUCUGGAGAUGGUGGAGCUUCCCCAGGCGCCCCCGCUUGAGGUGGUCAACAUCGACACCUCAGACCCGGAGGAUGACAACAUGGAGGUCUGCAGCCUGGCCUCCCCGCCGCCACGUCCGACAGUCCCAGCGCCGGACACACCGGUGUCGUACUCACCGAAGAACAAGCCCCAGAAUCUGGCGUGCAACGAGGUUACAUCCACCAGCGGGAUGGACGUCAGCUCUGUUACCAAGACCUGUGAUAGUGACGUCCACUUGCCCCUGUCAUCCGCCAAGCAAGCCAAGACAUCCUCAGCUGUGUCUCCAGACGUGUCGUCGGAGCCCGGGGAGGAGGAGCUGCUGUCGGAGGGGGCGUUUAAGGGUCAUCAGGAGGCGGUUAACGCCAUGCAGGUGCACAUGGGCCUGCUGUACACCUGCUCUGGAGACCGCACGGUCAGGGCCUUCAACCUAGUGACCCGUAAGUGUGUGGCUGUGUUUGAGGGCCACAGCACCAAGGUCAACUGCCUUUUGGUUUCCUCAGGACCAGGUCUACAACACCGUCUGUACUCCGGCUCCAGUGACCAGACCAUACGAUGUUACAGCCUUCGGACCAAGGAAUGUGUGGACCAGUUCUCCCUCCCAGACCGGGUUCUCUGCAUUCAUAACCGCUGGAAGGUUCUAUACGCAGGCCUAGCCAAUGGUUCUGUGGUCACCUUCAGCCUCAAGACCAACAAGCAGCUGGAUGUGUUCGAGUGUCAUGGGCCACGUGCGGUGAGUUGCCUGGCAACGGCACAGGAGGGAGCUCGCAAGAUCCUAUUGGUUGGCUCCUACGACAGCACCAUCAGCGUCAGGGACGCGAAGAGCGGUCUCCUGCUCCGCACCCUGGAGGGCCACAGCAAGACCGUCCUCUGCAUGAAGGUGGUCAACGACCUGGUCUUCAGUGGUUCUAGCGACCAGUUGGUCCAUGCACACAAUAUCCAUACUGGCGAGCUGGUGCGGGUCUAUAAGGGCCAUAGCCACGCUGUGACGGUAGUGGCCAUCCUCGGCAAGGUGAUGGUUACCGCCUGCCUGGACAAGCUGGUCAGAGUCUACGAACUACAGACACACGAUCGCCUGCAGGUGUAUGGUGGACACAGCGACAUGGUGAUGUGCAUGGCCAUCCACAAGAGCAUGAUCUACACCGGUUGCUAUGACGGCAGCGUGCAGGCGGUCAAACUGAACCUGAUGCAGAACCACCGCUGCUGGUGGCAUGGCUGUUCUCUGAUCUUCGGAUUGUUGGAGCACCUACAGCAGCACCUUUUACAAGACCACGCCUCUCCCAACACACAGACCUUCAAAUGUCGAUGGAAGAACUGCAACGAGUUGUUCGCUACCCGCAACGGCUCCAAACAGGGGGCGCCCAAGCACAUGCUGCAACACACAGAGGAGGAGUGCCUGGCGGAGCUGACCAACUAACCUGGAGGGCCUAAGGAAGUGGCUGACGCCCCUGUCCUCAACACCCGGCCCCCUUUAUCAAACUUCUUUAACUCCCAUAUUGGGAGGAUCCCCUUGGGACCCACACUAGGUAGCCUGGGGAAACUAGUAUGAAUAAAGAGCACAUCAUUGAAACAAGGUUUAGAAUAGUUAUUUACGCUGGUAUUACCAGGCUAUCUUUAGAGUUACUAAGUGGUGCCAUGCGACUCUAGCCUGAAAUCUGUGUUGUGUUAAUGCUUUGCUUCUUUAAAUAAGUAAUGUCUGACAAUGACUAAGUAUUGCAAAGAGUAGUGUAAUAACACAAAUAUUGUGGUACCCAGGCUAGGGGCCUCUUUCCAUCCAUACCAGACAAUGAUGAUGAUAUCUGUUGGAAUCCAACCUGUCAUAUUUGUUAUGAAGGGAGAGAUGUGUGUUUUAGUGUUUCUUUUUUACCUACUUCAGUGUAACAUCUCCUCCUCAUGGUUAUGUGAUCGUGAAUGAACACUGCUGAUUGUCAGUUGGCCCAAUCACUGACCGAAUGAGACAAGUUACCAUGACUGACUGUUCACAAAGCAAAGAAACUAAUGUCCAGGUAUGCAAGAGUCAUUUAUGUUUUUCUAUUUAAACAGCUUCAAAUACAUUAUCCGUGGCUCGAACCGUCACAGCUUUCUAAAAGACACUUUUGCUGUAUGGCAUGGGUGAAGGGAUGUUUUUAUGAUGUGAGUGGUAGGAAUUUGUGAUGCUAGUGUCUUGUUGAGCAACUUCCUCCUCUUGUUUUCAUCUGUUAUAGAACCCAUUUGUUUUGUUUUUAGUUAUACUUUUAUUUUAGGUUACAGCAGUGGUUCACUCAUAAACCAGAACAGUCCUAGAAGUAGCCCAGUGAAGACUUGAAUUUUUUUUUUAGUAGUCUUGGAUUUUGUUUCUGAGAUGUAUUUCAUUGCAAUGGAGUUUCAUUUAUGUAACUUUUAUUUAAAAAAAGAAAAACAAAUCUCUAUUUAGAACCACCUUGCUACUAAUCUUUUCUUUUUUAAAAAUGUUAUUUAAUAGUGUUAUCUUAUUCCUAUCUUAAUCUUGAUUUAUUUAAAACAAAUUCUGGUGUUGAGUGUGGUUGCUCCCGGAUAUUUCAGCAUUUUGUGGAAGGACGGUGUGAAGUGUUGUGGUCCGAGUUUACCAUUUGAUGAUUUGAUUUUGAGGUGAUGGAGCACUGAGACAUAGUGUGUGUGUUCUAGAUUGUGUGUGUGUUCAAGAGUGUGUGUGUGUCUAUGCGUGGACAGGCACGUAGGAUGAAGGCAGUUUAUUUGUCCCCAUCCUUAAGGCACGUGACAAAUAAGUCAUUACCCUUUGUCAGUUAUUUUCCUGAAUGAGUGCGUUUGCUCUGAAUCUUUUUUUUUUUCUUUCCGUGGGACUUAGUUGAUUUCUUUUAUAGAGCAUUGAGACUGUCCGUAAGGAUUUGUUUUUAAAGGACGGGUGUUUGUGUAGUGAGGAAGAUGGUACAGAGGAGGUGUUUUAAGGGGUUAUAGAGCUUCAGAAACAGAAUCCCCCUCCCAUGCCAUACCUCAAACCCUCCCUUGGGCGACAAACGUCAAAUACACAAACGAAGCUGUUUUUUAGUAUUAAAAAAAAGUAUUAUUUUUUUUCAUGUUAAUGAUUUGUUGCUCUGAAAGUUCUAGCAAUGUUCUUGUGGUUGUGACAUGCCGUAUCCAUGCCGUAUCCAUGUCGUGGCAGCUCAGGGUUGCACACAGUGCUGUUGUAGGUGUGUGUUCGGCUCAAACCGCCACCCAUAAGACGACGUAACACCUCCGGGCGUGCGCAACCCUUCGCAGUCAACCGACGCUGAGUAAAAACAUACAUUAGACCUCUUACCUGACAUUCCUGAGUUUCUUCAAGUUUUAGUUGUUGCCAACGGUUGUGAACUUUGUCACUGAUAUUUUGCAAGAAAAUCUCUGAAAAGAAAACAAUCUUGAAAUAAAAAAAAUAUAUAUUUGCAACAUAAAA